UGGUCCCCCUCCAGGUUUACUGCUUGGUUCAGUCCGGGCUGCUAUCAUAAACAAGAUGGCUGCCGUGAAUGUUGACGUGCCGAAGUUCAGUUUUAACAAUUUUUUAAACUAGACACCAUCUACAUCUUUAACCAGAUUGCUCCCUGAUAAGUGCCCUUUGCUGUUUACAUUCACUGAUUUUUGGAUCUACAAUGUUUUCAAGUGUCUUAAAUGUCAUGGAGGAGUGGCUGGAGAGAGUUCAGUCCCGAAGUCCGGACCAGCUGCACUGAAACUCCUUCAUCCAAAAGACAUCACGGAGAUGACAAAAGCGCAUAUGUAGGGACGUCAGCUCAGGUCUUUGAAAACAGAUCCAAAUAAACAUCUUAUUGAGGACCUGAUCUUGCCAUUCUCUUUUUAGUGAUCUGAGUGUUUUUACACUUCAGAGCUAAACUUAGAAAGAAAGUAAUGAAUGAUGCUGGCCAUGGUGACUUAGUGUAAAUGGCUAUUAUUCAUCACCACUCAGUGACAGUAUUUACUGCUCAAUCUUUUCCCCCCACUCUGUUCUCCUGUCACUCCCUCUCCCUAUCUCUACCCUCAUCUGUUUGGAAUUGCUGCCACUUGCUGACCUGUCUGGCUUCCCUACAACAUGACAAUGGGCUCUGGCUUGGGUAUUUUAAAGCUGCUGCGAGGUGUCCGUCAGCUGGAGCUUCACCGCCUGAUUCUGGCACUGAUAAUCUUCUGCUUGCUCUCUAUGGCAUUCCUAGCAUACUAUGUCUCUAACAGCCCUAAAAUCAAGGACCCCCCACCUUUACCCUUCAGUGAUUGUGGUGGAGGUGGGGGGAUGCUGCUGGGAGUGAGUACUGGGGCUGCUGGUGGGGAGACGGGUGGCCAGAGGUUGCCUCUAUUUCUUCCCGUGCGCCAGGGACGACUUCAUGAAGUAAAGACAGUUGAUAAUUCCAGGACAGAGCCUGUAGUUCUGGUGUUUGUGGAGAGCAUCUAUUCCCAGAUGGGCCAAGAAAUUAUUGCUAUAUUAGAAUCAAGUCGCUUCCACUACCGCACAGAGAUUGCACCUGCUAAGGGUGACAUGCCCACACUGACAGAGCACAACCGUGGACGCUACGUGUUGAUUAUUUAUGAAAACGUGCUGAAAUAUGUUAACCUUGAUGCAUGGAACCGGGACUUGCUGGACAAGUACUGUGCUGAGUAUGGAGUGGGUGUCAUUGGCUUCUUCAAAGCUACUGAAAACUCGCUUCAUAGUGCACAGCUCAAAGGUUUCCCCCUCUUUCUACACUCACACCUGGGACUCAGGGACUACCGUAUAAACCCUAGUGCUCCUUUGCUUUAUAUAACCAAGCCCAACCAGGUGGAGCAGGGUUCUUUGCCAGGGGAUGAUUGGACAAUUUUCCUGUCUAACCACUCUACAUAUGAACCAGUUCUUCUAGCCACGCCCAUGUCCUCAGAUCCCCUGGCACAUUUUGGACCAGGUCCUUUGCAGACCCUCUAUGCCACCGUGGUGCAGGAUUUGGGGCUCCACGAUGGGAUUCAGAGAGUUCUUUUUGGGAAUAAUCUCAACUAUUGGCUUCACAAGCUGGUGUUUGUAGAUGCCAUUGGCUACCUGACAGGGAAAAGACUGUGUUUGUCAUUGGACCGUCACAUCCUGGUAGACGUGGACGAUAUAUUUGUGGGCAAGGAGGGGACUCGUAUGAAGGUGUCUGAUGUGGAGGCCUUGCUCAACACUCAAAAUAAGCUAAGAGCACUGGUACCUAAUUUCACCUUCAAUCUGGGAUUUUCAGGAAAGUUCUAUCACACAGGUACUGAUGAGGAGGACCAGGGAGAUGACAUGCUGUUGCAGCACAGGAAAGACUUCUGGUGGUUCCCUCACAUGUGGAGCCACAUGCAGCCUCACCUUUUUCAUAAUGUCAGCGUUCUGGCCGAGCAGAUGAGGCUCAACAAGGUCUUUGCUCAGGAGCAUGGAAUCCCAACAGAUAUGGGCUACGCGGUGGCUCCGCACCACUCUGGGGUUUAUCCAGUUCACACCCAGCUGUAUGAAGCCUGGAAGUUUGUGUGGGGAAUCAAGGUGACUAGCACUGAAGAAUACCCUCACCUUAGGCCAGCGAGGUACCGCCGUGGCUUCAUCCACAAUGGAAUCAAGGUGUUGCCCAGGCAGACCUGUGGGCUGUUCACACACACAAUCUUCUAUAAUGAGUACCCUGGAGGCUCAAAGGAGCUGGAUAAGAGCAUCAGAGGAGGAGAACUCUUUCUCACUGUUCUCUUAAACCCUAUAAGCAUCUUUAUGACUCAUCUUUCGAACUAUGGAAAUGAUCGUCUUGGUCUGUACACCUUUGAAUCUUUGGUGAAGUUUGUCCAGUGCUGGACCAACCUCAGGCUCCAGACCGUGCCCCCAGUUCAGCUUGCUGAAAAAUAUUUCCAGAUCUUCCCAGAAGAAAGAAACCCACUGUGGCAGAACCCGUGUCACGACAAAAGACACAAAGACAUCUGGUCUAAAGAAAAAACCUGUGACCGACUUCCUAAAUUCCUUAUUAUUGGACCACAGAAAACUGGCACCACCGCGCUUCAUUCAUUCCUGAGCCUCCACCCAGCAAUCACUGGCUCCUUCCCCAGUGCUACCACCUUUGAAGAGAUCCAGUUCUUCAGUGGAGCCAAUUAUGACAAUGGGAUUGACUGGUACAUGGAGUUCUUCCCAUUCCCUUCUAAUGUCAGUGCAGACUUCAUGUUUGAAAAAAGUGCCAAUUACUUUGACUCAGAAGUAGCCCCCAAAAGAGCAGCAGCCCUGUUACCCAGAGCCAAAAUCCUGGCCGUGUUCAUUAACCCGUCUGACAGAGCAUACUCCUGGUAUCAGCACCAAAGAGCCCACCAGGACCCCGCAGCGCUCAACAACACCUUUCAUGCAGUGGUAACAGCAGCCCCCUCAGCCCCCAGAGCCUUGUUGGUGCUGCAGAAACGGUGCCUUUAUCCUGGGGCCUAUGCUUCUCAUUUGGAGCGAUGGCUGCAACAUUACCAACCUGGCCAGGUGCACAUUGUGGACGGAGCCUUGCUGCGCUCAAAUCCUGUACUGGUGAUGGAGGGAAUCCAGAGAUUUCUUGGUGUUACUCCCAUCUUCAACUACACGCAGGCUCUAAUGUAUGACGAUGGCAAAGGUUUUUGGUGUCAACGAGUGGAGGGAGCCCGGUCCAAAUGUCUUGGGAAGAGCAAAGGCAGGAAGUAUCCAGAAAUGAGUUCUGAGUCACGUGCCUUUCUAACAGAGUAUUAUCGUGACCACAACAUGGAGCUGGUGCGACUGCUGAAUCGGUUGGGCCAACCACUUCCAUCCUGGCUUCAUCAAGAACUCCAGAGUACCCGCUGAAGGCCACACACAAGAUGGAAUCUGUGGUCAAACAAUUUCACCCAACAAAACUUCUUACUAAGCUACAUUUGAGCUUAUUUUACCAGUACUCCUGAUAAAGGGGGAAAAAGACAACAGUAUAACCUGAAGUCUUUAACUGUUGGUAUUUGGUAGAUCCAUGAAGACUCUCCUGUUCUGUUGCCAACCUCCUUCAAGCACCAGGUACCUCAGUCUGUGCCUAGGACUAGGACUAGGACUAGGACUAGGACUAGGCCGGCACAGGACAAAUCUGCUGAAUCAAAGAUUCAUAGGGACCAACAGGUCUCAAGCUUUAAAGACAGAUGAGUCAGUGAUAAUGUGAAGAUUCAAUUGAAUACUGAAACUAUGUGGGUUAUAUUUAUGGAACAACACAAGGGUUAGCAUGCAGAGACAUACUGUUGCUCCCACAGAACAAUAGCAAAGGUUUGUGGUCUGAUGAGAAACACAGAGACAGGUUAAAGCCAACAGUGUACACACAGCCAAUGUCCUCAUCCACUUUUCUCUCUUAAUCACCAGUUGUACCUGAUAGGCCGUAGGGCUCUAACUGUGGACUAAUGGAAAACAAAAGCCUCUGCAGGGAUGUGAUAAGGAACCAUAGACCAAGCUGUACACACAUAAUUCUAACUGGCCAACAAGUGGGGAUGCUUUAUUCCCCUUAUACUGAACACUCUAGUUUGUUUUGGAUUUGAAUAAAAUAAAACGGUUCAGUAUCAGUGGCGUCAGUGUUGUGAUGGGUCGAGUAGGGCACAAUCAUUUCUACCCCUAUAAUCAGCAUCUACAGCAUCUGGGAGUCCACAUGCAAUCUCCCUUGCUCAGUGUUAAUACAAAGGAUAGACAGAAAGGCUAAUGCACACAGAAAUGAAAUAGAAUAUGGGUUUUGUCAAACAGGAACCAGAAUUAACUGUGCUGGUGGUUUUACAGCACCAGUUCUUCCUGGUUCCACCAGUGAGGCACUCACUCUAGCGACAACAAAAAAUCAUACAGAUCUAUCUCAGCACCAGCUCUGCUGGGCCAGAGGAACAAACCACUUUCAUCAGAGACUGGAGUUGGCCUUAUGGAGACCAAUUCAUAUUUUUAUGAACAGCAUGUUAAAACAUUUGACCUGCAAAAUGUAAGACAAAAGCAACAAUUAAAACGUGGAUUUUGCUGUUGAACAGCAUGGGUCUAUUAUCUCUUCUCUUGCUGUUUGUUUUAAUUAAGUCCAUCAAGUAGUGAAUGUAAGUUGGUGCUCCAAAUAGAGCUAUUGUCAUAACUGCUGUGUUCUGCUGAAUUUAUGCUUCUUGACCCAUUUUUUUAAAACACUUUCAGGUCUUUAGUAUCACCAGCUGGCGUCAGUCCUGUCUGAUACGAUGUGUAUAAGUUCUGUUUAUAAAAGCUGAUCAGAGAUGGGAAAUCUCGGUCAGCUGGUCAUUUUAAAGGGUGCUCACAAAAAUUAGUAUUGAGAAAUAAAAUAGUAGAAUAUCUGUAUCGGAGUAACAAAUACAGUUGAAUUGUGCCCUUUUACUAAAAUUCUGGCUCAGAAAUGAUGUUGGAGAAUUUUGUUACAAACCUCUGGUUGGAGUCCACAUUCAACCUGCGUCCGUUGUAAACCUGUGCAAGUACUAACCUGACAAAGCCUUUCAAUUGCUUUUUUAAAGUGAGUGAUAGCAGAAAAUACAACUGAACCACCUUAAAGAGGAGAAUACAUACACAAGAGCAGCUAUGUCACAGUAAAUUAUUAUGAAUUCAGCAUACUACUUGACUAGAACAUCUGGUUUGGCCUGGGCAUGCUGGCCCAAAACGCUGAAGUGCCACUGGUCACUAUAAAAUCAUGUUCUACCUUUGAAAAGUAAAGUCCAGCUCUGGUCCAGGGUCUGCCCGAUAUUAAAUGCUAUUUUCACAUUUAUUUUCAUAAAUUUUUACAUUGGACACGACUGUUACAAUAAGUUUUAUGUCAUUGUGUUUUACAUAAGUUGAUGUUGGGGAAUGUAUACCAUAAGUUUCAGAAGAUUGUCAAAUACUACAAUACAGAUGUAGCAGUUCAAAAGAUAUAUGUAGCUGAAAGAAAUGUACUAUUUCUGUUUAUUUGCUUAGUGGUCAUUUCAGUCUAAUCUUGAUAUAAUCCCUGGCUGUAAAACAUUACCAUGGACCAGAGCUGUUUAAACCUAAUGUGUGGCAAAUAAAACCUUUUCCUGAAAACA